AUGUUGAGCGAGAUCUUGAGCUUGAGCUCCUACCCGGUCCUCGAAUCCCAAAUGGCCCGACUGGCAACGACCCUCUUGCUCGCGGCCGAGCUUGCGUUUGGGCUGCCUACUGCCUGGCCUGUCUUUUCGCGAGCGCCCAAGGCCUAUGAUAUCCAGGGGCACCGAGGGAGCCGGGGUGCGACGGUCGAGAGCACUUUGCCCGCUUUUGCUUGGGGGCUCAUUUAUGGAGUCAAGACCUUGGAAUUCGAUAAUGGGAUAACGAAGGACGGACAUGUGCUCGUCUGGCAUGAUGAAAGUAUCGAUGGGACCAAGUGUAAGGAUACCAAACCAGUCGCAAAGGACGACCCUCUGUUCCCUUAUGUUGGAAAGUAUGUUGCAAACUUGACACUCGCGCAAAUCAAGACGUUGGAUUGUGGUUCGGAGCGGCUGGAUGGCUUCCCUCUCCAGGCACUUUACCCCGGAACUAAGCUCUCUACCCUCCCCGAGCUCUUUGACUUUUUGGAUUGUGCAGACCCAGGACAUGAGGUCGAAUUAAAUAUCGAGUCCAAAGUCGAUGCUCAGUUCCCUAAUUUGACUCGCUCUCCUGAAGAUUUUGCGAAUGCCCAGUACAAGUUGUUCAAGUCGAGCAAGUACUAUGGGAAGAUCACAUACCAAAGCUUUGAUUGGCGAACUUUGGUUUUGAUGAAGAAACUGGACCCAAAGAUCACCCGUGCCGCUUUGAUCGACAGCACUACUGUGUAUGGUGUGAAUAACUCUACUUCAACUUGGCUCGCUGGCCUUCGCCCAGACUCGUUCUCUGGAGCCACGCUUGGCGUUCAAAUUGCCCAGGCCGCAAAAAGCAUCGAUUCCAAUAUUUUGUCACCUGCUGCGACCGACGGCUCAUCCGGCUCGCUUGACCCGAAUACCCCGGGUUAUAAAUCAUUCACGACUGAAGAUAUGGUUAAAGAGGCUCAUAAGAGUGGGAUGCUUGUUAAGCCUUGGACUGUCAAUCGACUGAAUAUUGCAGAGCAAAUCUAUGGGUGGGGAGUUGAUGGUAUUAUCACUGAUUAUCCAGAGGUUGUGCGUCGCUGGGCGCUCCUCAAGGGAGUGUCAGUCUCCAAGACAUAUGAUCAAAACAAGGUUCUUAAAUGCUUGAAAAAACACAUCCAAACGGUUAUAAAUGCUCUCCACGUGAUCCAGUUGGCAUGGGUCAUAAAUAGCAAGCUCAGGGAUCGUACAACCACGCCCAACAGAAUGUACGCUGGAAGCACGAAGCAGUCGGAACCCCCCUCGAGCUCUGUAGAUGAGCAAUCCAGUCACAAAAGACGCUUACAUACGACUAUGAUUGGAGUCCUAUUCGUCACUCUCGUAGCACCAUAUCAGUUCGCUGGCUCAUUGUCAGGUUAUCUAUACGACGUAUCUGGUUCUCGUGGAACCCAUGACGCAAGUUUGAGUGGCGUGUGUCUCCAGGUCGAGCCACUUGCACCAACCUCAAAUAUUAACCGUAAACUAGCGGAAAACUUGGAGAUCACUCUAUCAGACCCAAGUUUUGAGGCGGUUGCAGCCGAGUAUCUAGGUGGAGCUGUCCGGAUCCCUACCGAAUCUUAUGAUGUGAUGGAUCCCGUUGGCAUAGAUCCCCGCUGGGAGGUAUUUUAUAAGUUCUCAGAGCAUUUGCUCAAGACUUACCCAAAAGUUCACGCAACCAUGACUCAGACUCGAAUCAACACUCAUGGUUUGCUCUACCACUGGCCGGGCUCUGAUAGCUCUCUCAAGCCUAUUCUUCUCACUGCUCACCAAGAUGUCGUUCCGGUUGAUCCAAGUACUGUUGAUUCUUGGAUUCACCCACCUUACUCUGGCCAUUAUGAUGGCACAUGGGUCUGGGGCCGUGGAUCGGUGGACGACAAGAGUGGCUUGGUCGGGAUUAUGAUCACACUAGAAAAACUAAUUGAGAGUGGAUUCAAACCGAAACGUGGUAUCCUCGUAGGUUUCGGAAUCGACGAAGAAUCCACUGGUGGUCCAAUUGUAUUCAUAGGGUGCGAGCAGAAUUUCAAAGUACAUCGAAGAGCAUUUUGGCAGGGACAGCAUCUCAAUGCUCACAGCAUCGAAGAGAUUGAAGGGAUAUCGGUGGCGCUACCUGCGAUAGGUGAGAAGGGUUAUCUUGACGUUAGUAUCGAGGUAGCCACACCUGGCGGGCACUCUAGCGUACCGCCAGCGCAUACAACCAUUGGUAUACUUGCAUCGCUCAUAACCAAGAUCGAAUCUACACCUUAUGUGCCAUCACUCGCGCGAUCUUCUCCUGUCUACGGUCUUCUUCAGUGUUUUGCAGCCCAUGUCCCAUCUAUCCCAUCUUCCGUCCGCUCUUCUAUUUUCAGGUCUAUUUGCCCUCCCGGAGCUUCUCCGGGCCAGUUACGAAAGUGCGAUGAAGCUCUACAAGAACUUGAGCAUAUUCUAUUCGAAGCAGAUUCUGACUUAAACCAGGGAAAUGAAGAGAAAGCAAGGGUAUAUCGAAGUCUGUUGGGGACAACGCAGGCUAUCGACAUGAUUCAAGGUGGGGUAAAGGCGAAUGCACUACCCGAACUAGCAAGCGCAAUUGUCAAUCAUCGAAUUCGAACUGAUAGCUCGGUCCUCGCACUUCAAGAUGAUAUUACCACAAAGCUUAUUCCUCUAGUCAAGGAGUAUAAUCUCACCUUGACGGCUUUCUCACAUGUGAAUGUAACAAUUGGCGGAGGUGGAAACGUCAAGUUAUCCGACGCGUUCAACACUGCACUGGAGCCUGCCCCUGUAAGCCCUAUUGAGGGCCCCGGGGCAGCAGCAUACCGUCUAUUGAGUGGAGUCAUUAGGAAAACACAAGGACAUAAAACGAUCGUUAGUCCCGCACUCAUGGGCGGAAAUACAGACACCCAAUUCUACUGGAACUUGACCUCCAAUAUAUUCCGAUACUCCCACUUGUCCGAAGGGGAUAUUUAUGCUGGCAUUCACACAAUCAAUGAAGCGUUACGCGUAAAGGGAUUUGUGAAAAUGAUACGGUUCUUCAAAAACCUGAUUUUAACUGCUGAUGAUGCGAUAAAUAUUUAG